GUAGUUCAGAUUAUACCAAGUAUGGGAGUCUACAAAUUUGUUAUUCUUUUCUUCUUCAUAGACUGCAUAAAAUCGGAAGACCAGCUAGACUCUGGUAGUGUACAUUGUGUGGAUGACAUACAAGCACUGCGGACGGAAUUGAUUGAAUUGAGAGAAAAGGUCCUUCUACAGGAAACGAAAAUCCUACACCAGAAAGGGGAAAUAAAUCAACUCCGACAGGAAGUGGAUAGAAAACCGGAACAAAGAGCAACUCAGAAGUCUGACCAACUUCAGGGCGGAACUCAGAGGACUGACAAGUUUGGCUCUUCUGAAUCCUCCACUCCGUUACAAAAAUGGUCAAACACAAAGCGAUUAUUAAUGAAUUCAGGAAACUUUUCUUCUUCUGGUGGUUCGGGUUCUCCAAAAAUAGCUUUUUAUGCCAAUCGAAUCAAAGAAAACCAUAACCUGGCAGUUCACCAAGCCUUGAUUUUUUCGAAUGAUUUAACAAACGUGGGAAACUGUUAUCAUCAUUCUACCGGAACUUUCAUUCCGAACAUUUCUGGAAUCUACGUAUUUGACGUCACAAUACUUCUCUGCUCCCCGGGUCAUGAACUCCGAACAGGCCUUGUCGUUGAGGGUAAGGUUAUGGCGGCGCAUUAUACUGGAGAUGACACUCACUGCUCUAACGGUGGGGGUAUGGCCGUCCUGCACAUCAAUGACGGUGACAGUGUCUGGGUAAGGGUACAAACCACUGACGGCACUAACGGGAUAGCCUGGGAGAGUAGUUUUUCUGGCUUUCUCUUGUAUGCUGAUUAAUAAAAACAAACUCUAUAUCUCCUCACACUGUCUGCGUUAUUAGCUCACUUGGCUCAAGUGAGCUUUUCUGAUCUUU